AUGCAGCUGCUGGGGCUGUGGCUGUGCCUGGGCUGGGGCUGUGCUGCCUCCCUGAGCCCCUCGUGCCUCUCAGCCCAGUUCAGGAGGCCGGGGGAUUUCGUGCUGGGGGGUUUGUUCCCCUUUGGGAAGGACACGGUGAACCUGACGGCUCGCUCCCAGCCCACCCUGCUGCUCUGCCACAGGCUCUUCACGGACGGCCUCAUCUGGGCGCUGGCCAUGAAAUUUGCCGUCGAGCAGAUCAACAACUCCAGCCGGCUGCUGCCGGGGGUGACGCUGGGCUACGACAUGUACGACACGUGCCUGGAGCCGCUGGUGGCCCUGCAGCCCAGCCUCCUCUUCCUCAGCCACAACGGCACCGCGGCCAUCGGGGUGCUGUGCGACUACAGCGAGUACCAGCCCCGCGUCAGCGCCGUCAUCGGGCCCCACAAGUCGGACCUGUGCCUGCUCACGGCCAAGCUCUUCAGCUCCUUCCUCAUCCCACAGGUGAGCUACGGAGCCAGCAGUGAGACCCUGAGCAACACGGAGCUCUACCCGUCCUUCUACCGCACGGUGCCCAGCGACAAGAACCUGGUGGAGGCCGUGGUGCUGCUCCUCAACCACUUCGGCUGGAACUGGGUGGCGGCGGUGGGCAGCGACGACGAGUACGGCCGCAGGGCCCUCACCCUCUUCCUGAGCGUGGCUGCCACCAGCAACAUCUGCAUCGCCUUCGAGGGGCUCAUCCCCACGGAGCUGGCCGAGCCCGGCGCCGGCACGCAGCUGGAGAACACAAUUAAGUUAAUUAACAGCACCAAAGUCAACGUCGUCGUGCUGUUUGCGCACAGCCUGCCAGCCCAGGCCCUGCUGGAGCGCAGCCUCGGCAUGGGGCUGGGCAAGAAGGUCUGGAUCGGCACCGAGACCUGGAUGCUGUCGGAUGUGGCCGCCUCCACGCCCGGCAUCCGGAGCGUUGGGACGGUGCUGGGCUUUGUCAUGAGGACGGGCACGGUGCCCGGCUUCCAGGAGUACGUGGCGGAGCUCUUCAGCUCUGUCACCCAGCAGGAGUUCUGCCGGCGCUCCAGGGAGCUGAGCCGCCGCAUGAACGCCGAGGUGCUGGACACGCACUGCCGGCAGUGCGCCAACGUCACCCUCGGCGACAUCUGGCCCAUGCUGGGCGUGACAGCGGUGCAGCCCGUGCACGUGGCCGUGUACAGCAUCGCCCACGCCCUGCACAGGGCCCUGGGCUGCACCUCCAAGGGCUGUCCCAAAACACCCAUCAGGUCCUGGCAGCUGCUGCACUUCAUGAACACCCUGCCAUUCGAGGUGAACGGCCAGAGCUUCAGGUUUGAUCAAUCCCACAGCACCAACACGGGGUACAAACUCAUCUCGUGGGCCUGGAGGGACGAUGGCACCCUCACCUACCUGCCCGUGGGGGACUACGACCAGUCCCUGUACAUCCGCCAGUCCCAGAUCCCCUUCCACACGGCAGACAAGAAGGAGCCCACAUCCGAGUGCUUCAGGCGCUGCCAACCAGGACAAGUGAGAAGAAUAAAAGGAUUCAACCUCUGCUGCUAUGACUGCACAGACUGCGCAGAAAACACCUUCUGGAGCAGCACAGACAGCACCAGCUGCUCGCCGUGCCCGCGGCACCAGUGGGCCCCGGCGCGCAGCACGCGCUGCCACCCGCGCGGCGAGCGGUUCCUCUUCUGGGACGAGCCCCUGGCCGUGGCCCUGCUGACCCUGACGGCCCUCACGGCGGGCCUGAGCUGCGUGGCAGCGCUGCUGUUCCUGAGGCACCUGCAGAGCCCGCUGGUGCAGCUGGCAGGGGGUGCCAGGAGCCUCCUCGGCCUGCUCUGGCUGCUGCUGCAGAGCCUCAGCUGCUGCCUGUACGUGGGCAGGCCCAGCACGGCCCUGUGCUGCCUGCAGCAGCUCUCCUACGCCCUGUGCCUCAACGGCUGCUUCUCCACCUUGCUGCCCAAGGCCCUGGAGAUCACCCUGGUGACAGAAUUCCCCCGCUGUGCCCCCAGGCUGCUGCGCUGGGUGACCCACGGCAGGGCCUGGCUAACGGUGGCCGCGUCCGUCACCGUCCAGGCCUUGCUCUGCUUGUGCCACCUCCGCCUGGGCCCCGACUACCUGGUGGCUGACUACGAGUCGCUGCCCAGCGAGGUGCUGCUGGUGUGUGGCACCCAGUCCUGGGCAGCCUUUGCCCUCCUGCACGGCUACAACAGCUGCCUGGCCUUCGCCUGCUUCCUGUGCACCUUCAUGGUGCAGAGCCCGGCCAGGAGGUACAACGUGGCCAGGGGCAUCACCUUCGCCACCCUCAUCUAUUUCAUCGUCUGGAUCUUCUUCGUGGUGAUGUUCGCCACGCUCAGGACGGUGCUCAGGGCUGUCACGCAGAUUUGCACCAUCCUGGCCACCACCCUGGGCAUCUUGGCCGCUUACUUCGUGCCCAAGUGCUACAUCUUGGUGUUCAGGCCCGAUCUGAACACGGCGGAUUAUUUCCAGAACCUCUCUGAGGAGCAGCCACAGGACACACAAUGAAGCACGCCCUGCUCCUCACAGAAGUUGGAUUUUAAGGAGAAAAUCCUGUUUGUGAGCAUUCUGUGGGCCCAGGAACAAUCACAUCUGAGCCAGAGCUGUGGAAGGACAGGGCUCAGCAAGCCCAGAGCAGCCUCCAUCCUGUCUGGAAACAUCUCAGCCCCAAAAUGGAGCCAAAAUGAGGUGCAGUUACUGAAAGAACCUCCAGAAAUGGAAUUUUACACCAAUCCCUCAAGUCUGGCAAUGUGAGUCACCAACAGCACUUCCCUGCAAACACUUGUGGUAAUUUCCUUUUCUUAUUAAUUACCAGCUCCAGAGAUAGAUCCAGGAAUCCUCUCCCCAGCCUUGUAAGAGUUGUCAAAUCCAAUAAAAGAGAAGCACAAGGAACAUUCUGGUAGGUGCCAGCAGCGGUGUGGGUGGCACCAAGGGGGCACUGCCCUUCACUUAAAUUCUGAUCAUUUAAUAUUCACUUCAAUUCUGACAAUAUUCACUUAAAUUUUGACCAUUUAAUAUUCACUUCAAUUCUGAUUAUUUAAUAUUCACCUAAAUUCUGACAAUAUUCACUUAAUUUCUGACCACUUAAUAUUCACUUAAUUUCUGAUCACUUAAUAUUCACCUAAAUUCUGAUCAUUUAAUAUUCACUUAAAUUCUGACAAUAUUCACUUAAUUUUUGACCAUUUAAUAUUCACUUAAAUUCUGAUUAUUUGAUAUUCACCUAAAUUAUGAUCAUUUAAUAUUCACUCAAAUUCUGACAAUAUUUACUUAAUUUCUGACCAUUUAAUAUUCACUCAAAUUCUGACCAUUUAAUAUUCACCUAAACCUGACCAUUUCAUAUUCUCCUCACUGGCAAAUGCAGGGAUUCAUGGAUUUAAAUGCUGUUUCACUCUCCCCUUGCUGUGUGCUCUGUGCCAGCUGAGAAGCAGGAAUCUGCCUCACACCAAGCUGUGCUUGUUCUUUUUUAUUUAAGCUGCAAAAUUAGAAUAAUUUAGGCUGGAAAAACCUUUAAAUCUGGAGUGCAGCUGAGCCCCUCAGAGCCUGCAGGGUGUCCUGACAAACCCAAGGCUCAGCAGAGUUUACACAGGGUAAAAUAAAUUAUUUUUUGGGAAAAAAUAAUGCAGAUUUUUGUGUCACUGUUCAAUAUUUGGGAAAUCUCAUUUUUGUUUCCCUGAGGAAACAGAGCUGGCAAAGAUUCAGACCUGACCUUCAGCCCAGCAUGGGGAAAAAUGCAGAUUUUUGUGUCACUGUUCAAUAUCUGUGAUUUGGGAAAUCUCAUUUUUGUUCCCCUGAGGAAGCAGAUCUGGCAAAGAUUCAGAUCCGACCUUCAGCCCAGCAUGGGGGAAAAAUGCAGGUUUUUGUGUCACUGUUCAAUAUUUGGGAAAUCCCAGUGAUCUUUGUUUCUGCUGGAGAGCCCAAAAUUGGCAAUAUUUAUGAAAUAAAUCACAAUGAAAUACUGCAAAGAACUGAACACACACACUGUGGUUAUCACAUAAAAUUAAAAGCUUUUUAGUGUUUAAAAUAGCAUUUACACAUAAGCAGCUAUAUAUUAACUAUACAGACACUUGGGUUUUCAUACAAUAUCUACAAAAAAGAAUUCCAUUAUGCAAUAGACAUUUAACAGGAACAGUGCAGUCCAUGCUAACGAGAGGUCACUCUUGGAGUAGAACCAGUUCUAGGACAGGUGAUAGUCUGGGGUUUUCAUUAUUUAAAAUCAUGUCACUUUGUUCCUCUACUGUACAUUAAAUUCUUUACACGUAUUUCUAAUCACUGAUUAGAAUUAAUAAUUUUAAGUCAAUCUUCUUACAAUCCAGUUAAAUGCAGAACAAAAACAAAAAAUAAAAAUUAAAAAUAAAAAUAAAACCAAAAGAAUUACAUCAACCCAUGAGCUGUCAAGUCUCAGGAGGGGAAAAGAACAAAAAUCAGAGAGAACAAAAAUCCUACCAAAAGUCAACAUCUGUGCAUCAUCGCUUGCCAUCCAAUAAAACUUUGGAUAAAGUGUCCAGGGCACUGAUUCCUUGGAAAAGCAGGUUCAUUAGCAGGAGGUAAAAGACACCAGCAUGCUUUUAAGACUAUAUUUGCCAAAAAAAUUUAUUUUUCAGGGUUGAAAUACUGGGUGGAGACACCCCAGGUGCAGAUCCUGGGGAGAAGUCACCCCAAAAUGUUUCCUCGUCCUUCUCCAGGAGCCCCCAGACAUCCCUGCUGCAGGGAUGGGUGAGCAUGAGCUCAGCUGCAGAAUGAAAAUUAUUGAUUUCAAAAAGCAACUUUUGAAGAAGAAUUGCUUUAGUCCAAUUCUUCAGGCUCCUGUUCUGAGGUGUUCCCAAGCCCUGCACAGCAAAAUUCAAUUCCAGGCCCUGGUGGGUAAGAAAUGCUGCCUCUGCAGCACUCCAGCCUCCACAUCCUCCUUCCCCUGGCACAAUCCCCACUGUGGGCAGCUCCCCUGGCACGGCUGGCACAGGGAAUGAAUGCUGUGCCCAGCAGGACAGGGCUGCAAAGGAUGGAAGCCAAGGGUGGAUUUGGGAAAUCUCGUUUUUGUUCCCUUGAGGAAACAGAGGUGGCAGAGAUUCAGACCCGACCUUCAGCCCAGCACGGGGAAAAAUGCAGAUUUUUGUGUCACUGUUCAAUAUUUGGGUUUGAGAAAUCUCAUUUUUGUUCCUUUGAGGAAACAGAGGUGGCAGAGAUUCAGACCCAACCUUCAGCCCAGCACGGGGAAAAAUGCAGAUUUUUGUGUCACUGUUCAAUAUUUGGGAUUUGGGAAAUCUCAUUUUUGUUCCCCUGAGGAAACAGAGCUGGCAAAGAUUCAGACCUGACCUUCAGGCCAGCCUCUGCACAGGGAGAAAAAUAAUUCAGAUUUUUGUGUCACUGUUCAAUAUUUGGGAAAUCUCAUUUUUGUUCCUUUGAGGAAACAGAUCUGACAAAGAUUCAGACCUGACCUUCAGCCCAGCACGGGGAAAAAUGCAGAUUUUUGUGUCACUGUUCAAUAUUUGGGUUUGAGAAAUCUCAUUUUUGUUCCUUUGAGGAAACAGAGCUGGCAAAGAUUCAGACCUGACCUUCAGCCCACCCUCUGCAUGGGGGAAAAAUAAUUCAGAUUUUUGUGUCACUGUUCAAUAUUUGGGAAAUCUCAUUUUUGUUCCUUUGAGGAAAGAGCUGGCAGAGAUUCAGACCCAACCUCCAGCCCAGCAUGGGGGAUAAAAAGCAGAUUUUUGUGUCCCUGUUCAAUAUUGCACUGUUCAAGAGGAUCCACCUGUGAACCCUUUCCCUGCAGUGGGGGAAGCUCCUCCUGAUUUCCUCAGCAAACCAUUCCCACGUCUGCUGGGGACUCCCAGCCCCGUCCCAGGGUGACCCACGAGCACACAUAUUUAGGAAAAAAAAGUCAUUUUUCAACAUAGCAGCAAAGACCAGCAAGACACAGAACAGUUUCUGCCAACAGCAAAACCACGAGACACAACCAAAGCCCCAGCAGGUGUGUGAACUGCAGCUCUUGGAAAUGAAAUGGGUGAAAAGCUCAGCCCCAGCUUUCAUCCCUUUUUCUGGAAAUAUUAAAAGAUUUUUUUUUUCCUUCCAGCCCUCUGAGUUCUGCCUUAAAACAAACAGAGCCAGAGAAAUCAUAAUUUAUAAAAUGCCAGAAAAAAAAAAAACUCAAUUAAUUUAAAAGUAGAACCACUAGUGAUUGUCAGUGAAGCCACAGACUGCUCAGCAGUGCCUCAGAUUUCCAGCACUCUUUUACCCUGAUUUAAUGGCAGUAUUUCACAAUUUUACCAAGCCAGGUUUGCAUCUGGGAGGAGAGGGAAAGAAAAGUCCUGCCAAGCUUUAGGCAGGGCCUCUUUUGGAGGAGCCAUCCCCGGGUGGUGAUGGAAGCUCUGCUUCCAGAAGCCUUGGGCAGCUUUUUGGGGGGAGGUUUUUGUAAAGGAAAUUCAUUUAGAAGCCCAGAAAUGGGCUAAGUGAGAGUUCCCCAAAUUCCUGGCUCCCCGGGGAAGGAGAAAUUGAGUCUCCCUUUCCCACAAACAUCUGGAGUCUCUGACAAAGGGAGGAGGGAAAAAGGAAAGAAGUGAAAAAUCAGAAUUAAAAAGACAUUUUGAGGGGUCAGCUUUCAGGAUGAACUGUGUGUGUAAGAGACAAAGAUGUUCUCUCUUCACAUCCACCUUGGAUAUUUACCCAAAAAGCACAGAACACAUCAAAAAGCAGCUUCUUACCAGUGGAGAAAAUGCUUAUUUACAGUAAAAACUGAUUUUAAAGCACCUGCCCUAAAACCUGCCAGCACAGAGAUCCCACAAAAGAGAAUUUAACAGAGGAAAUCCAGAGUGGCUGCAGCUCCUGUCUCAUCAAAUGACCACAGGAGAGCAUGGCUGUGCUCACCAUGCUUUAAAAAUCUUCUUAAACAGCCCUGAAGCUGCCUGAGUUUUACUUUCUACAGCCUCAGAGCAGAAACCAGCCAGGAAUUAAAUCCUGGGGAUAUUCAACAGCAGAGCUCCUCAGCAGGAGGAGGACUCAGGGGUAAAGGAUUUCUUUUUGGGGAAUCCAGGGUGGGUCUAACUCGGUGUCAGGGGUAAGGAUUUCAUUUUGAGGAGCUCCAGGGUUGGUAUAACUUGCUGUCAAGGGGUAUGAUUUAUUUCUGGGGAGCUCCAGAGUGAGUUUAACUCAGAGUCAGGGUAAGGAUUUAUUUCUGGGGAGCUCCAGGGUGGCUCUCACUCGGUUUCAGGGUAAGGAUUUCUUUUUUAGGAGCUCCAGGGUUGGUCUCACUUGCUGUCAAGGGGAAGGAUUUAGUUUUGGGGAGCUCCAGGGUGGGUCUCACUCAGUGCCAUGGUAAGGAUUUAUUUUUGAGGAGCUCCAGGGUUGGUAUAACUUGCUGUCAAGGGGAAGGGUUUAGUUUUGGGGAGCUCCAGAGUGAGUUUAACUCAGAGUCAGGGUAAGGAUUUAUUUUUGGGGAGCUCCAGGGUGGCUCUCACUUGGUGUCAGGGGUGAGGAUUUAGUUUUGGGGAGCUGCAGGGUGGGGUAAGGAUUUCUUUUUGUACCUUUUCUGGUCUGUUCUCAGACACCCUCACACCUCACUGUGCUCUGGGGGAUCAGACACCUCCAGGUCUCUGUUUUAACAAAAAAGAGAAAGAUUGUGCUCAGAAAGGAAGGAGGGAUCACAAAGAAGAGCCAAUCCCAGUGGGAGCCAGGAUUUCUCUGCUGGAAUGGGACCCCAGCCCCUUCAAAAGGGCAAAGCUGACAGACCUGCAGCAAUUUUCCUUUUUUUGUGGGAAUAACUCUUCCAACCUGCAAGCGAGUGCACGUGCAGAGGGAACAGGCACGCCUGGCAGCAGGGAUGUGACUGCAGUGCCCAGGAACCGAGGGCAGCUGCAAAAUCACUCUUGGGAAAUAAGGAAAUAACUGAAGGAAAUAACUUGACAAGUUCUGCACAAUGAACACAUACAGUAGCAAGACUCCAGCACUCCCUUGAUAGAAUAUCUUUUAAAAAAACCCUUAAACAACCCAAGAAAGAUUGAUUUAUACUGCCUAGUCAGCAGGAAGUAGCCACAACUUUGUUUUCCUCCAGGAAUUGGUUGGAUCCUGCUCCUUUCCAAGCACCUGUGGGUGCCAUGUCUGCUCAGAGCCAGGGAUGCAUCCAAGAACCAGCAUUCCAAGGCAGUAUCCCAGAUACCAGCCAGCAGUCCUUUUGUCCUCGCAAGAGAAAAAGCAGGGAAAAAAAAAUAAAAUCAAAGUGCUCCUAUGCAUUGUCAGGAAUUUAGAAGUCAUGUGAAAUACCAGUCCUCCACUCAGCCCAGAGAGAGACACUAAUUCCACUGAAGAGGUGCCACAAUGACCAAAGCUCAUUAAGAUGUGAAUAUACACCAGCCAUUCACAAUCCAAAACGAGACGGGGAG